ACCCGCAGCUGGAACGCGAACGCGCGCCCCGCCGCGCGCCCGCCCGCCGGGGCCUGUGCGCUGCGGCGCGUGCGCGAGCGGUGCCGCACCGGCCGCGGGAGCGGGGAGUAUUAUGGGCUGUGGGUGCCGCUGAGCAAGAUGGAGCUGUCUGCAGUGGGCGAGCGGGUCUUCGCGGCCGAAUCCAUCAUCAAACGGCGAAUCCGAAAGGGACGCAUCGAGUACCUGGUGAAGUGGAAGGGGUGGGCGAUCAAGUACAGCACUUGGGAGCCCGAAGAGAACAUUCUGGACUCGCGGCUCAUCGCAGCCUUCGAGCAGAAGGAGAGGGAGCGUGAGCUGUACGGGCCCAAGAAGAGGGGACCCAAACCCAAAACUUUUCUCCUGAAGGCACGGGCUCAGGCAGAGGCCCUCCGUAUCAGCGAUGUGCAUUUCCCUGUUAAGCCAAGUGCCAGUGCCUCCUCGCCCAAGCUGCACUCGAGUGCAGCCGUGCACCGACUCAAGAAGGACAUCCGCCGCUGCCACCGCAUGUCUCGGCGUCCCCUGCCCCGCCCAGACCCCCAGGGGGGCAGCCCUGGCCUGCGCCCACCCAUCUCUCCGUUCUCCGAGACGGUGCGCAUCAUCAAUCGCAAGGUGAAGCCUCGGGAGCCCAAGCGUAGCCGCAUCAUCCUGAACCUGAAAGUGAUGGACAAGGGCACGGGAGGCGGGGGUGCCGGGCAGGGGGCGGGGGCACUGGCCCGCCCCAAAGUGCCUUCGAGGAACCGUGUCAUCGGCAAGAGCAAGAAGUUCAGUGAGAGCAUCCUGCGCACCCAGAUCCGCCACAUGAAGUUUGGCACCUUCGCCCUCUAUAAGCCCCCACCUCCCCCUCUGUCUCCCCCACCUGCCAACAAGGCCGAUGUCACUGCCUCCACGGGCCCGGGGCUGCUCCUGGCCACCCCUGCUGCCCCCUAUGAUGCCCACAGCUCCAGCUCCUCUGGCUGCCCUUCACCAAUACCGCAGUCUUCCUCUGAGCCUGAUGACGCACCCCCUAAGCUGCUUCCUGAGACCACAAGCCCAUCUGUCCCCAGCUGGCGUGAGCCCGAGGUGCUUGACCUGUCCGUCCCUCCUGAGUCAGCAGCCACCAGCAAGCGGGUGCCCCCUGAUGUCACUGCUGCCUCUGGCCAGGCACUUCCCCUGACCCCUGAGCCUGCCAGUGCCUCUUCCGAGCCUGAGGCUGGGGACUGGCGCCCAGAGAUGUCACCCUGCUCCAAUGUGGUCGUCACUGAUGUCACCAGCAACCUUCUGACGGUCACUAUCAAGGAAUUCUGCAACCCUGAAGAUUUUGAGAAGGUGGCUGCUGGGGUAGCAGGUCCUGCAGGAGGGGGUGGUAGCACUGGAGUGAGCAAGUGAAGGGGCUCCACAGUGGAGGGGGCUUGGGGGGGGCCUCCUGCCCGGCAUCAAACUCUUGCUCCCCCCACCCUUGCCCCAGCCUUCUCCCCUGCCCCAACCCCCUGCUUUGCUUGUCCCAUGGCUUGGUGUUGGCCCAGGAAUGGGGCGGGGCAGUUGGAGCCCUGGAAAGCUGGGGGUGAGGGCAGCUCUGGGAUGAGUUGGGCCUGGGUCAGGCAGGGUACCAAGAAGUGCUCCUUCUUGUCCCUUGGCACCCUCCCUGCCCACACAUGGUGGGGCCUGCCAGGUGGUUUUGGAGAAGCCCCAGGACCUGGGGUUUACCUGUCCCUUCCCUGUCUCAUCCUGUCUCUCCUCAGCUUGCUCCCUACCUUCGUGUACAGCAUCUGACUUUUCGGUGCUAACCUGGCAGCUGCAGGGGUCCUUAGGAGACCCCUGCCCAGGGUGGGCACAGUCCCUUUCCUUCCUGCAGAUACCUGGGCAGGAGGAUGUGGGGAUGGCUCCCUGCCCAUUUGUCAAAGCCCCUGACAGGUUGAGGAUGAGACCAGACUCAGCCCCUCCCUGCAUGGCAGGGAGGUCCUCAGAGGCUGGGGCGGAGGCUCAGGUCUCCUCUGCUUGCUGUAGGACCCUUCAGCUCCACCCUACCCUGUCACUUUCCUAACACCCCCCCCCCCAUCUUGGCGGUGGGAGGACCUGGCAGAGAACUUGUCCUGCCACAGCCUCCCAGCAUCUAAAGGCCCCUUCAGUUCUUGACCAAAGGUGCUGCGAGAACCUGCUGUGGAACUUGUGACGUGCGUGUGUGUCUGCCCGCGUGGCGUGUGGUACGUGGGUCCGUGUGUGCAUUGGGUGCUAGGCCCCAGGCCAGCUACCCUUUCAGUUCCUCAGAACAGGGUCAUUGAAGGCCUGGACCUUCCCUUGCCUCAGUGGGACUCCAGCCUGUAGAGUUUGCUAUGGAAGUGCCAGGCCUGCCCUCUGAGGUGUGCUGGGGGCACCACACUCCCCUGCCCGCCUUGGGGGUGUCAGCCUGACCUGCGUCAGGCCUUCACUGCAGACGUGGCAUGGUGGAGACUGAGGCAGACCCCACUCUAAGCUUCCCUUUGGGUGUUUGGGGAAGAUGGGGAGACCUGGACACCAUUCCCAGGGUGUCCUGACUUUCCAGCCUCCUCUCUUUUGCUUCUGACUGCUGAGGCUUUGUCACAGCCCAGCCUGCUCGAAGCAGGGGGAGUCUCUGGUGCCCUGGGCAGCUUCUUUCCCUCUGUUGCCAGGGAGGCAAGGUAUCUAUGCCAGGGCAGAGACCACGGCCCCAGAGUAGGGCUGGGCUUUGGGAGGGUAAGCAGGCCAAAGGGGCGUAACCACAGAGGGUCCUGUGUCCUUCAGGAGAGCGAGGGUGUUGGUUCCUGGAGCGGCACUUAGGGGCCUUGCCAGCCAGCCCUGGACCACUACCCAGGUCUUCGGCAUGGGUGGUGUGUUCCUGAAUGUGACUGGAGCUGGCUUUCUGGCAUUUGCAGCCAUUGGCACCUCUGCUCAGAGGCGUGGCACCUUUGGUCUUGAGGAAUGGGAGGACACCUUUCUUCUAAAUCUCCCUACCAGGAGCUGUAAUCUGGCCCCUGGCCACGCCCCCCCCUUGCCCCAAGAUGUAGAUCAGGGGCCCUUGCAGGGCUGGAAGGGGCUGGCACUCCUGCAUCCCCCCCCAAUCUGCCCUGCGUGUUGGCUUUGUGGCCGUCCAAGUGCCAAUUGGCUUUUCCCCCAAAUAAGGGCUGGUAUUUCUCCUCUGUCUUCAGAGGUGAUUUCCCCCUGACCCCCUCCCCCAGGUGAGCAACCACCUGGGUGCCAGUUACAGGUGUUUUCAGAGACCAUAGAAAUGUGUUUUCCUGAGAGUUUGUGUCAUUCGUGACUUUUUUUUGUAAAGAAGUUGUGUUUUCAGAGGUGAUUUUAUGACAGGAAAGUGAAAGAAUUAGUUUUGCAAAAAAACAAAAACAAAAAAAGAGGAAAAAAAAAGAAAAAGACAUAGAAAAAAUAUUGUGGGAUUCCUAGGGAUGAGGGAGGGGGGAAGAAAGAGAUAUUUAAAGAAAAAUGAGAAACGCAGUGAUUGCACAGGUGAGGUGGCAAUGUUAGGAAUGGGGCUGAGGCCUGGGCACAGCUGGCAGGUCCCCCUGAGGUCACAGGCACCAUGGAGAUCCCCCACCUUCCUGCUGGCCUGAGCUCAGACUGCCACACCCCAUCCUCACUCAAAGGGAAGGAUGGCAGCAGGUCCCAAGGGAGCCAGCUAGAAGCUACAAGGCCCAGGCAAAGGGAGAUGAUGGAGCCAAGAUGGGGCUGAGGCUAGUGGGGUCCCACUGCUGCCAAGAGAUAAUUUUACCCAAGACAACUGGUGAGGAGGUGGCUUGAUUUCUUUGCCCUCCUUUUCCAGCUUGUUAGGCCAUCUGGUCCCUACCACAACCACCCCGUGGAGGGGGGCAUCUCUCUUCCCAUCUCCCCAUAGACCGUGACAUCCCUGCCCUUCCCUGGCCUGAAAUGGGAUGCAGGCUUCAAGAAAAAAGGCUAUGGCCCUGGGAGAAUCCUUGGCAGUGACUUUCACCAGGGGGUAGCUGGAGGGAAGGGAGUGUCCAUCCUUUUGCACACCUGCAGGUUGCUACCCAGAGCCACAAGCCAGGUAGCCCGCCCCUGCCUCUAAGGAGGGCAGCUCCCUUGGGGGGCCUGAGUGAAUGGGACCAAGGACAAGCACAGCUCUUCUUUCUUCCCUCUGUGGCAUUCCUGUCUGCCCUCCCCCCACACACUUGCACCCAUGGCCUCCUGUGGGCUCCUCUUCCAGCCCUUGCUGCUUUUCAUUUGCCUAAUUACCAAGCAGAAGUUGCAGUCUGGUUUGCUUUAUUUUUGUAUGUGAGAUACCCCCCAAAGCCAGGUCUCCCUGUUCAGUAUUGGUUGGGAUAUCAUUCAUCCUCCCGUAAGUGCAUCCCUUCCCUUCCCGCGUGUCAUAGGAAAUGGGUGAGGUCUAGUUUCUCUGGUUUGAGAUAGAAAGUCUGGACCCCCAAUCACCCUUCUGACCUUCAGUUUGCCCAUCUAUGUAAUGGGUGUAUUGGGCAGCAAGAUACCUUCCUAUGUGCUGCUAAUGUCCAGGCAGCUCCAAGUAUCAGGUGAGGGUCAAGGUUGUUUGCACUGAGACCUCCAACUGCCCAGAGCCCCUCUUUAGUCUCAACCUGCAGAGGGAUCAAGGUCCAAAUGAGCCUCAUCCUUCCUCUGAUCUGGGGGGAUGUGAUGAUGAAGUCCCCAACCUUGUUGUAAGGUGGACAGAGUGGGAGAUUACCCCUUUUCAAGGAGGAAGAAACAAGUUCUGAGAGGCAUAGCUGCUUCACCAGGGAAAUGUGGCAGGGAUGGGAGCUCAGUAUGCCUUGACCUUUUGGGAAAAGCCCUUUAGAAGGUGGGGCCCUGGAGCCCACACAUAACUGGCGGCUGGUUCCUGAGUCAGGCAAGUGCACCUGUCCAAAGCUGAAGGGUCAGCUGGGAGGAAGGAGGUGGGUUGCCAACAGGGCUCAGCCAAUCACCAAUGUUUCUGGACCCUCUGAAGACCUGAGAGGACGUACCCCUUUUCCCCUUCACUUUUCUGUGUUAUGUGUGUUGUGGUUUUUGUUGUUGUUGUUUUUUGCACUUAGCCCAUGCUGGACAGUGGAACCCCACCUGGUCAGUUCCAUUUUGGGGCUCCUGUGCACUUGCCCAAGGCAGCCUUUUGGGGGGCUUAUACGGUUUGAGGAAUCACUUUUUUUAAAAGAAAAAAAGGAAUAUGUUGAAGAUUUCUGGUUUUCUCUGUCUGCAUCACUUCUCAGAUUCAGAAAGCCCAGAAUUAGGGGCUAAAACUCCAGGAAAGGGGCUCCCUGCCCCCUCUUUUACUGAUAGUCACACCAAGGUGCAGAAAUAGAGAGAUGGUUGGGGGGGGGGGCAAGUGCUGGCCCCAGGCCUGUGUGGUCCCCUCACCCCCUGCAAGGCUUAAAGGAGUCAGCUCUCCACCCUAGCAGUGAGUGAGCACUUGCUGGACCAAGGGGGACCGAUGGUCUAAGAGGGGAGCCGCUUGCAAGAGACCAAGUAAGCAGGAAGGGCUCAUCUGGCUCCCCUUGCUGUUGGGCGGAGUGGAGAGAGGGACUUAUUUUCGUUGGUUAUAAUUUAAAAACACAAAGGCCUAAAGAAAUAUGUAUCUUAUAAUUUUUUUAAUUUUUGAAAGGUUCAUUUAAUGAAUUGUGCACGAAUGAAUUCUAUAUAUAUAAAGUAUACAUAUAUAGCUCUAUAUUUGGGGAGGGGCACUGUCUUUUUUUUUUUCUCUCUCAUUUUUAAAAUGAAGUGUUGUUGCCUUUGUCUGUGGUUCAACCAUCCAGCUCCCAGCUGGCUAAACUUUGCCUCCAGUGGUUAAAGAUGGGAAAAUAGUGGGGUUGGCAGGAGACUGGAAAUGGAGGUGCCACCCCGGUGUGGGGGGCAGGUCCCCCAGUGCACUCUGUCCCUCUCCCAGUGGAGAAGACUCUGAUGUGGGGUGUAGGGGUGGUCUCUGCUCUGGAUUCAGUGGUUCCUGGGCGGGGAGGGUGGGUCUGUGCCGAUUUACUCUGUCUUGUACGUUUGUUCUGCUGCUCUUCAAUAUUGUAUCGACGCCAGGAAAGGGGAGCAAAAAGGCUCUUUUACUCCCCAAAUAAAUUGUCACAUUCCGAAGCU